AUUCACUCGGUACUUCCACAACAGCCUGUCACCAGAGGGAUACAGACGCCGCAAAUUGACAACAGAUGGAAGCGUAAAGACGCGCAGUUCAAGAAUGCCCCCGAAGUUCAGAAGGUACCUCUCCGAGGAGGAUGUCUCCGAAGCUGCCGAGCCCGAGAGGGAGAAAUUGUUGAAAGAUGAUGAUGACGAGGACUUCUUCCUCAAGGGCCCUUCUGCAAGCGGAAAGACACUCACGGUUCAAGACAAGAAACUGAGGAGAGUUCAAUUCCAAGUGGAUGAGGUCUCCAACAUCAUGAAGGGCAACAUUGAAAAGAUCAUAGAAAGAGGCGACCGGUUAGAAGAUCUCGAGGACAAAUCAGAUGCAUUAGCCACAAAUGCUGACCAGUUUCGGUCAGCUUCAAAGAAAAUGGCAAGUCGCAUGUGGUGGCGUAACAUAAGGGUAAAAAUUGUGUUGGUUCUAGUUGUUCUCAUCAUCUUACUAAUCAUAUUUGUGCCAAUCAUCGUCCGGAACUCUUGAAGAGCUGUUGGAGCUGGCACCAACGUCAGUGGCAUCCACACUGCAAGACUGUAUUCUUCAGUUGGCUCGACAUUCCGAAUGAGGAGCUUCCUGUGUUUGUUCCUAUCAAUCAUGCCUGGUGUCAGCUACUAGUGUUUAUACAUUUUCUGCAGGGCUUGCAGAGCCCUGUUCUUGCAUCAAGCUCUUUCUGUAUUUUUUUUUCACCUCUCUGUGUUGUGACUCUGGUUACGAUUCAUUCAUACUAUGUUACCCAUUUCUAAAGUAAUCUCCGACUGUUCUUCUUUCUGCAGUGUUCUUGCUGAGUGCUUGUGUUUUUCUUUGUGUCCGUAAAUUUAGUAGACUUCUAGUCCUCAAGUGCAACUCUGGCUGUAAUGAAAGCCUGUUGCAAUCUUCUAUAUAUGCAAAUUCAUCGACAUGAAAAGGAGCCAGAGAAAGGGCUGUUGUUUGUUGUGUACAAAACAUACUUGAAAGAUACAGACUGACGAAAUUUGUCAAGAUUGCAAUCAAGUUCGAAGCACCACUAGUGCUUGCAGUUGAGCUGCCCCCCCCCCCCCCCCCCCUCCCUGGGCUGAAUUUCUAUUUAAGCUAUCUGCUCUGUUUUUUGUCUGUGUUUGUGUGAGCUGUGCCUUAUUAAGGUCAAUCUAAUUUCACUUUCACAAUUCUAAAUUUUGAGGGUUGUAAAUGUGAGGGUAAUGCUCAUUUCAUUUAUGAGUUUACUC